AUGGAGGCGUUCGCGCGCGAGAAGGCGGCGAUGGAGGAGGAGAUGAGCAGGAUGCGCGGCGGCGGCGGCGGAGGAGGAGGCGGGGGGGGACGCGGCGCGUCGAAUCCGUCGUCGCCGUCGACGGCGCAGAUCGACGCCGCCGCCGUCGCGGCGGCGGCGGCGGCGCUCGCGGCGAGGGAAGCCGCGGUCGAGAGGCGCGAGCGCGAGCUCGAGGAGACGAUCGCCGCGCGGGUGAAGGCUGCGGUGGACGACGCGCUGAAGCGCGCGGAGCGAGCGCCGCGGUCGGAGCGGUACGGCGCGUCGUAG